AUGAUGAAGUCAAGCGAAGACAUUGACGGUAUCCAUGGCGAAUCACGGUUAGCGCCAGUUGCAGCUCUCCUCUCCGGCCGUGUUGGACUCGAAACUGCCGAUGCUUAUGCGAAUCCUCGUGUCUGCGGCCAUACAGGGGAGCAGAGAUUCGCACAUUUCCAUGGCAGUUCUCGCAAACCGGGUCAAUUCAAAGUAAUGAAUAAAGAUUCAGAGAGGUGUAUUUUAUAUUGGCAAAUUGGUACUAGUUAA